AAAGCAUAGGGGCAGGAAGCUGCCGUGAACUGUGGACUGUUUGCAAAGUCCUGGCUUUUUGGAUUUGAGCAAUAAACCGUGAGACAGAGGACGUUGAUGGAAAUAUGAGAGCGAGCUGCACGUUUGAAAGAAACCAAAGCUGUGUGCAGGUUCCGUCUGUAUCCUGGUGAAUUUGAGAUAAGGUGAACGGGAACUGCUGCACUUUCCUGCAAUACAAAUCUUUCUCCUGUCAGGAUAUGUUCCAAGUGCUGCCCAGCUGUGUGUUGUUUAAGAGGAGCCUCUAGGGGAAAAGCAGAGCAGAAGCUGGGAAAGGAAGUGAAAGCAUUUUUCAAGGGCUAUCGUUAAGACUGCCUUAAAGUGGUACAUCUGGCAAUUGAAGGCAGGAGGCAGGAAAAACAUCCAUAGCCUCGAAACAGGAGGAGCAAGCAGACUCCAGAGAGAGUCUGACAAUAACCUGAAGAAAAGACUGUCAGGAGAAGGGGAGGAAAUGGCUUGGAUUUCACUCUGGCAGCAUGUUUUUUACCUAACUGUCUUUGGAUUGCUUUACCCAGCCACUAGCUCUGGGGAAAGCAGUGGUCUUUCUAUUAACACUGAAGAUAAUCCCACUGGGAAACCUACCAGCUUUAGCAAUCGGCCUUCAGUGCACGUAAAGAAUCAGUCUGAGAAGAAUUGCCCUGCAGGUUUCUACAGCACAGAUAAUGGAGUGUGUCUGCCUUGCUACUGCCACGGACAUUCAGCGGAAUGCCUUCAUGAUUCUGGAAUCUGCAUUAAUUGUCAGAAUAACACAACAGGAGAGCACUGUGAUAAAUGCCUUGAUGGAUACAUUGGUGAUGUCGCUGAAGGCCAUUAUAAAUCCUGCCAGCCUUGUCCUUGUCCUCUAAGUGUACCUAAAUACAAUUUUGCAGUUUCCUGUACGAUUAAAUCUGAUAGAUUGCGGUGUAUUUGCAAGGAAAAUUAUGCUGGGCCCAGAUGUGAAAGGUGUGCACCUGGAUACUAUGGAAUACCUUUAUCAUCCCAAAACAGUUGCAGAAAAUGUAACUGCAAUGGCAACUCUGAUCCGAAUCUAAUAUUUGAUGAUUGCGAUGAAAUAACUGGAUAUUGCCGCCAUUGUGUGCAAUAUACAACUGGAAACCACUGUGAACGAUGUGCUCCGGGUUACUAUGGAGAUGCCAUCAACAUCAAAAACUGCACAGAUUGUUCGUGUCAGAAGUGUGGCACUAGUGAGUGUGAUCAUGUGACUGGGCAUUGCCGCUGUAAGCCAGGAGUAGUGGGAGCCCUCUGUGAUCAUUGUGAGAAUGGUUACUAUGGAUACAGCAGCUGUUCUGGAUGUUUGAGAUGUGACUGUGCGCUGGCUGCUAAGGAUGGAUACUGUGACUCUAUGAGUGGCCGGUGUGCAUGUCGACCUGGAGUUACAGGGAAACGUUGUGACCGCUGUUUGUAUGGGUUCUGGAACUAUGGACCAACUGGAUGCCAGAGAUGUGACUGUGAAGGACACUGUGACAGUGAGACUGGAAAUUGCCUGUCAGCGCCCACCGAGUCCCCAAAUAAUUGCUCAGUUGUCAGAUGUGACAAAUGUAUCUGGGACUUAAUUGAAGAUAUGAAAAUAGCAGGAUCGUCACUGGAAGAAGCAAAGUCCACAGUUUUGAAUGUUAUUACUGGUGAUGCCUUUAACAGCCGAUUGAACAAAUUCAAUUUCACAGUAAUCGACUUCAAUAACCAGAUCAUAGAGAUGAGAAAUGAAUCAGCUUCACAGAAAUUUUGGAUUGAUGAUAUUGAAACAGCAGUCAAUUCCCUGGUCACCGACCUUAAUGCUUUGGCUGAAAAGGAGGACAUGGCUCUCGCCAAGGCACAGCUGUUUGACAAGGAAACAGCCAAUACUAGUGACCGUGCCAUUCAGAUCAAUGGACAAAUUACAGAUAUUGCCAAGUUGACACAAGAUAUUAUAGAAGGCUUAACUAAAUAUGGAAUGGAAGAAGAGAUUGCACCUGGGGAAAUUGACAUCAUCUUUAUUAAGGUCGAAGGAUUAUUGCAAGCGAUGAAAAAACUGAACUUUUCUGACAAUAAACCACUUGCUGAGGAGGAAAGUAUAGAAGCCCAAGAAAUGUUGGAUCGUGUUCGUGGACUUGAAAGAAUGAUGAUGGAAAACACUGAUUCCGUUCAUGAAAUAAUGGACUACAUUACUACUUAUGAUAGCAGAAUCUUAAACCUGAAAGAAGCACUUGAGGAUGCAAUCAAGACUGUUCGCAAAACUGAGGAGAAGAAUAAACAAAACAUCAAUGAAUACCACAGAAAAAAGAGAUUACAUGAUGAAUUGAACAAACAUGUUGAUGCUGUUAAUGUGACCCUUCAAAUGGCUAAUGAUGAUCUAAAUGGCACAGAGCUCGCAAUAUCAGAAAUACAAAACAAAAUUAUGAACCUGUCUACAUUCCAUGCCUCAAUAGACGGUGCCCAGAAUGUAUUGCGGCAGAAACUAACAAAUCUCUCCAUCUAUGAUAAAGAACUGGCUCUCCAGGCUAUAAAUCAAGCCGAAAAUCUUCGCAAAUAUGCAGCAGAAUUGUCCAAUAUUUUGAAGAGUACUGAUGCAAAUGGCAUCGUCCAGAAGGCAAUAAAUGCUUCAAAUGUCUAUGACAAUAUUGUCCAAUAUGUGACAGAGGCUGAGCAGAAUGCAACGACUUUGCUCAAUGCAGCACAGAGAGCUGAAGAUGCUGUUGAAGGAAUUCAAACACAGAGCACAUGGCACAGAAACAUCAGUGAGGUGCUUUUGAACAAAGUAAAUGAAUUAGCUGAGACAAUGGAAGACUAUGGGGCUUUUUAUGAGACCAUGCACCAGGUGGAUGUAGUUAUUAGGAAGAAAAAUGAUACAAUGAACCUCUUGUCAGAUGCUAUCAAUCGAUUGUCAUCAAUGGAACCAAGUAACAACAAGUUAAACCAGUCAAAGCUGAUUGCAGAGGAAGCAAAGGAGACUUCCCGAAUGGUUCUACAGACUGUCAACCCCAUGGGUGAAUUGGUGAGAGGUUGGCUUCAGAACCUGACCACUUCUGCUGACGAUGGAAUUGCUUUCGAGAAGACAGUGAGCUCAGCUGGUGACACAGUGAAAAAUUUGACAGAAAUAGUUCCACAGCUUUUGGAUAAACUUCGAGUUGUGGAAGAAAAAAGGCCAGCAAGCAAUAUUUCUGCCAGUAUUCGGCGAAUCCGGGAACUGAUUGCACAGUCCAAGAAUGUGGCCAGCAAGGUUCAAGUGUCUAUGAAGUUUGAUGGCCAAUCUGCUGUAGAGGUUCAUACAAAAUCAAACCUGGAGGAGCUCAAGUCUUUUACUUCAAUGAGUUUGUACAUGCGAGUCCCUUCAUCAAGUGAACUAGGUCAGAAUGCCAAACAAGAUAGAUUCAUAAUGUAUCUUGGAAACAAGAAUGGUGGAAAAGAUUACAUUGGUUUGAGUAUUAAGAAUGACAAUCUGGUUUUUGUCUACAAUCUUGGGAGCGGAGAUAUCGAGAUUACUUUAAACUCAAAACCUGUGAGCACUUGGCCAAACUACUUCAAUAUAAUCAAAGUAGAAAGAGUUGGAAGGCAUGGAAAAAUACAGUUAACCCUACCCAGCGCAGGCAGCACAGCAGAGCAAAAAUUCAUUCAGAAAGGAUCAGCUGAAGGCACUGAUUCUCUGCUGGAUCUGGAAGCAGACAACAUGGUAUUUUAUGUCGGAGGUGUACCUCCAGAUUUCCAGCUUCCUGGGAGCUUGAACUUGCCUGGAUUUGUUGGCUGCAUUGAAAUAGCGACACUUAAUGGUGACAUUACAAGCCUUUACAAUUUCAAGCACAUAUACAACCUGAACACAACUGUCCAGAGACCUUGCACAAGGUACAAACUUGCCUUUGCCCAAAGCAGAGCUGCCAACUUCUACUUUGAUGGUUCAGGUUAUGCGUUUGUGCGCAAUAUAAAAAGGAGAGGACAUUUCAACAUAGCCACCCGGUUCAGUCUAGACAUUCGCACGUCAGCUGACAGUGCCCUCCUGCUGCUGAUGGUGAAUCAGGACAUGUUCUUCAGUAUGGAAAUGCAAAAUGGUUACAUACGGUUGGUUUAUGACUUUGGAUUCAGUAAAGGUCCUGUCGUCCUUGAGGAUACUGACAAGAGGAAACUUAUAAAUGAUGCAAAAUAUCACGAGGUCUCAUUCAUCUACCAUAAUUACAAGAAGAUAAUCCUCCUGAUUGACAGAAUCAAUGUAAAAAGUGUUGAAAAUGAAAAGAAGAAAAUAAAUUUCACCGACGUCUAUGUUGGAGGAGCCCCUGCCGAGAUCUUAUCAAGGCUCAGAUCACACAUAGCCAUGGAUGUAGGAUUUCGGGGUUGUCUCAGGAGUUUCCAGUUCCAGAGGAGAGACUUCAAUAUAUUAGAGGAAGAGGGGACACUGGGAGUCAGCAAUGGUUGCACUGAAGAUUCUCUUAUAUCUCGCAUGGCCUAUUUCAAUGGCGAAGGAUUCAUCUCUUCCACAGAAAAAAUCACGCCAUUUUCAAACUUCGAAGGAGGCUUCAACUUCAGGACCAUUCAAUCCAAUGGUCUGCUUUUCCAUUACAAUAACGGAGCUGAUGUCUUCUCCCUUGCUUUGGACAAUGGUACUGUCAUUUUCAAAAUUAAAGAAAAAACAAUGCGAUCUACAAUGAAGCAAUAUAAUGAUGGGCACAAUCAUUUUGUUAGAGCAACUGUCACCCCAUCAAGUUGUCAGCUAAUAGUGGAUGAUAAAGACACAACAACAGAAGUUUGCCCCACAAAAGAAACAGGCCAAACCAAUGCAAAGUUCUACUUUGGAGGUUCACUGUACAAUCAGCAUGCCAACUUCACAGGUUGCAUCAACAAUGCCUACCUGAGCAGGCUUGAUAAAGAUAUUGAGGUGGAAGAUUUCCAGACAUACACAGAGAAAGUACAAGCCUCUCUACAGGGCUGCCCAGUCAAGACUAUGCCAGCAGCAAUUUAUGAUAAACCUGAAAGGAACUUUGCAAAAGCCAAGAGAGAACGCGAUAGAAAGUUCGGAUCGGGAUUAGUAGCCCAUCCAAUGGCCCAUGAAGCAAAAACAAGAGGAAAUAGCCUGCAUGAAGAUGUGCACUGCCAUCAAACAAACAAUAUCAAAACAAUCCACAAUGCACAUCACUACGGAGGAAUUCCCAACAGCCGACAGGAGAUUUAUGGCAUCUCUAUUUUUUUCAAUCAUAGAUCUCAUUUCUCUGUCAAUGUGAGAACUCAGUCUUCUCAUGGACUUAUAUUUUAUGUGGCGAAUAAAGAUGAAGACCAAUUCAUGAAACUUUUCGUCUCUCGUGGUUAUUUUGUUUACACGUUCAGCAAUGGGCAUAAGAAAAUGAAAAUAAAGAGCCUAGAAAAAUAUAAUGAUGGUCUCUGGCACAAUGUCUCCCUUACACAUGAAAAUAACACAGGACGCUUGAUAAUAGAUGGUCAACAAGCUCUGAAGAAUAGUCUCCAUGCUCCUCUUACUCCAUGGCAAAUAGGUGAACCAUUCUACAUAGGUGGUGUCCCUCUCAGAGAAGCUGCCAAAAGCAUUCAGGACAAAUCAAUCCAAAGCUUUAAUGGCUGCCUUCAGAACUUACAGCUAGAUGGAAAAUCUCUUCCACCAGCUGCCUAUACAUUUGGUGUUACACCUUGUUUUGAAGGUCCAACUGAAUCUGGAACAUAUUUCUCUGCAGAAGGAGGAUAUGUGUUAUUGGAUUCAUUCAAUUUAGGAUUACAGUUUGAGAUUGUUUUUGAAAUCCGCGCUCGAAAUCAUUCCGGAAUCCUGAUAUAUGUUCAUGGUUCCAACCACAAGUACCUAAAUGUCUUCAUGGAGUAUGGACAGAUCACAUUAAAAGUCAGUAAUGGAACUGCAGAGUUUGAAACUUCAGUAAUUCCAAAGCAAAGUCUCUGUGAUGGCCGAUGGCACAGAAUAGCAGUCAUCAGAGAUUCAAACGUUGUGCAGCUGGAUGUGGAUUCUGAAGUAAAUCAUGUUGUGGGGCCACUGACAUCACAUUCUUUCGACACCAAGGAGCUAGUAUUUGUUGGAGGAGUGCCAGGGUCUCUGCUUAGCCCAAAGCUGAGCAUACACCGGUCAUUCACUGGCUGCAUGAGAAACUUCAACGUCAAUGGAACCCCUGUCGUUUUCACCAAAGCAGCAAUGGUCAAUGGAGGAGUCAGCAUCAACUCUUGCCCAGACCCAGAUGCCUAGUGCUUACCAGCUCUGCUUCUGUCAGCCAGAUGCAAGAAUUAAGAAAAACUGAGACAAAUAACAUUCUCGUAUCAUUUUGAGGGCAGGGUGGUAAUUUGCCUCAGUUAAUUUUUUUGCGAUUACUUUGUUACUUUCAUCCCAUCAGUUUUCUGAUUGUCCAUGUACUUAUUUCACUUUAUUUUACUUCACAGAAGUUAAAUCCAUUUGGAACCAAUAAAUGUUCUGUUUGCUUCUUCAGUCUUGGAAGUGCAAAAAUCUAA